GCUGAGUUUCUCCCCAGCCAGGGGGCCCCCUCCUUUGUCCCGGCUCCAGCUCGGACUCCCGCUCGGCUCGGGCUCGGGGGUGGGCCGGCUCCGGCUGGGGUCCCCCCGCCGCUGCGGCCGGCCCAGCCUUUCAUCCCCGCGCGUGGGCCGCCUCCCCAGCCCGACUCGGGAGUAACAGCCUCCGCGGGCCGGCCUCCGCCUCCUUGCCUCGGGCUCCUCAGUCCUGGUCGGGCGAAGGUCGCAGCCGCCGGGAAGGCGGUGCGGGCAGCCGGGGCCCAGCCGGAGCCGGGGGACGGAGGACGAGGACGAGGACGAGGACGGGGACCGGGACGCGCCGGGCGGCGGCGAGGAGAGGGGCGGGGAGCGCGCCGGGCCUGGCGCUGCUGACAGGAGGAGCCGCCGCGCCGCGCCGCGCCGGGGCGGGCAGAGGGAGGAGCGGAGCCGAGGGGUGGGGAGGCGGAAACGGGCGCCGGGACCGACCGGCGGAGUGCGGGCGGCCGGGUGCGGGCAGGCAGAGGAGCGGAGCGAGACUGCCAGACCGGGCGAGGCGGGCGGACCGCGGACGGGAGCCGGGGCGCCGCCGCCACCGGGAGCCGCACAAAGGGCCGAGGCUGGGGCCGCCGCCGCCGCUCGAGCGCGCGGGCCUGGCACCGGCAGCCGCCGGGGCCCGGAGUGAGCGCGGCGCGGGCGGCCAUGGCCGGCUACGUGCCGGGUCAGCAGCCGGCCAACCGCAGCCAGGAGAAGGAGUUCGUGCAGGCGUACGAGGAUGUGCUGGAGCGCUACAAAGAUGAACGGGACCGUGUUCAGAAGAAGACGUUCACCAAGUGGGUCAACAAGCACUUGAUGAAGGUCCGCAAGCACAUCAAUGAUCUUUAUGAAGAUCUUCGGGAUGGGCAUAACUUGAUCUCGCUGCUGGAGGUCCUCUCAGGCAUCAAACUGGAGCCAGCAGGGCUGAAGACCCUCCGUCUGGUGAGCAUGCCCUCCUGGCGCCAUGCAAACAGUGAGGAGCAGGAGGAAGAAGAUGAUGAUGAUGUACCUCGGGAGAAGGGCAGGAUGCGUUUCCAUAGGCUACAGAAUGUGCAGAUUGCUCUGGACUUCCUAAAGCAGAGACAGGUGAAGCUAGUGAAUAUUCGCAAUGAUGACAUCACAGAUGGCAACCCCAAGCUGACGCUGGGUCUGAUCUGGACCAUUAUUUUGCACUUCCAGAUCUCUGACAUCUACAUUAGUGGAGAGUCAGGGGACAUGUCAGCUAAGGAGAAGCUGCUGCUGUGGACCCAGAAGGUGACAGCUGGUUAUACAGGAAUCAAAUGCACCAACUUCUCCUCUUGCUGGAGCGAUGGGAAGAUGUUCAAUGCACUUAUUCACCGAUACAGACCUGAUCUGGUAGAUAUGGAGAGGGUACUGAUUCAGAGUAACCGAGAAAAUCUGGAACAAGCUUUUGAAGUGGCAGAAAGAUUAGGAGUCACCCGAUUACUUGAUGCAGAAGAUGUGGAUGUGCCAUCUCCAGACGAAAAGUCUGUAAUCACUUACGUGUCUUCUAUUUAUGAUGCCUUCCCUAAAGUCCCUGAGGGUGGAGAAGGGAUCAGUGCUACGGAAGUAGACUCCAGGUGGCAAGAAUACCAAAGCCGAGUGGACUCCCUCAUUCCCUGGAUCAAACAGCAUACAAUACUGAUGUCAGAUAAAUCUUUCCCCCAGAACCCUGUUGAACUAAAGGCACUUUAUAACCAGUAUAUACACUUCAAGGAAACUGAAAUCCUGGCCAAGGAGAGAGAAAAAGGAAGAAUUGAAGAAUUAUAUAAAUUAUUAGAGGUGUGGAUUGAAUUUGGCCGGAUUAAACUGCCUCAAGGUUAUCACCCUAAUGAUGUGGAAGAAGAAUGGGGAAAGCUCAUCAUUGAGAUGUUAGAGCGAGAAAAAUCACUUCGACCAGCUGUAGAAAGGCUGGAAUUGCUGCUACAAAUUGCAAACAAAAUCCAGAAUGGUGCUUUGAACUGUGAAGAAAAACUGACACUAGCUAAGAAUACUCUGCAGGCUGAUGCUGCUCACCUGGAAUCAGGACAGCCGGUGCAGUGCGAGUCAGAUGUCAUCAUGUACAUUCAGGAAUGUGAAGGUCUUAUCCGGCAGCUGCAGGUGGAUCUCCAGAUCCUACGGGAUGAGAAUUAUUACCAACUAGAAGAGCUGGCUUUUAGAGUUAUGCGCCUGCAGGAUGAGCUAGUGACCUUGCGCCUAGAAUGCACAAAUUUGUACCGGAAAGGCCAUUUUACUUCAUUUGACUUGGUUCCACCCUCUACUUUGACCACUACUCAAGUGAAGGCAGAGCCUUUGACCAAGGGAACCCACUCUUCCUCUACCUCCUGGUUUCGAAAGCCCAUGACUCGGGCUGAACUUGUGUCCAUCUCCUCCUCUGAAGAUGAAGGCAAUCUACGAUUUGUAUAUGAACUGCUAUCUUGGGUAGAAGAAAUGCAAAUGAAGCUAGAGCGGGCAGAGUGGGGCAAUGACCUGCCUAGUGUGGAGCUGCAGCUAGAAACACAGCAACAUAUCCACAGCAGCGUGGAAGAACUGGGCUCCAGCGUCAAGGAGGCCAGGCUGUAUGAGGGGAAAAUGUCCCAGAAUUUUCAUACCAGUUAUGUCGAAACUCUCGGGAAGCUGGAGACCCAGUAUUGUAAACUGAAGGAAACUUCUAGCUUUCGGAUGAGGCACCUUCAAAGCCUGCAUAAAUUUGUUUCCAGAGCUACAACUGAGUUGAUUUGGUUGAAUGAGAAGGAGGAGGAAGAACUGGCAUAUGAUUGGAGUGACAACAAUCCCAAUAUCUCAGCCAAGAAAAAUUACUUCUCUGAGUUAACAAUGCAACUGGAGGAAAAACAGGAUGUGUUUCGGUCUCUACAAGACACAGCAGAACUUCUGUCACUUGAGAACCAUCCAGCCAAGCAGACUGUGGAGGCUUACAGUGCUGCUGUCCAGUCCCAACUGCAAUGGAUGAAGCAGCUAUGUUUAUGUGUUGAACAACAUGUGAAAGAGAAUACUGCUUAUUUUCAGUUCUUCAGUGAUGCACGAGACCUGGAGUCAUUCCUGAGAAGCCUCCAAGACUCCAUCAAACGAAAAUACUCCUGUGACCACAACACCAGCUUAUCCCGCCUUGAGGACCUGCUCCAGGACUCCAUGGAUGAAAAGGAGCAACUUAUACAGUCCAAGAGUUCUGUGGCCAGUCUUGUUGGAAGAUCAAAAACUGUGGUUCAGCUAAAGCCACGAAGUCCCGACCAUGUGUUAAAGAGCACCAUUUCUGUGAAGGCUAUCUGUGACUAUCGGCAGAUUGAGAUCACCAUUUGCAAGAAUGAUGAGUGUGUGUUGGAAGAUAAUUCUCAAAGGACAAAAUGGAAGGUGAUCAGCCCCACAGGGAAUGAGGCAAUGGUGCCAUCAGUCUGCUUCCUCAUCCCCUCACCUAAUAAAGAUGCCAUUGAGAUGGCCAACAGAGUGGAGCAGUCUUAUCAGAAGGUGAUGGCUCUUUGGCAUCAGCUACACAUUAACACCAAAAGCCUUAUCUCCUGGAACUACCUGAGGAAGGACCUUGACCAGAUAAAGACCUGGAAUUUGGAGAAGCUUCGAUCCUUAGCACCAGAGGAAUGUCACCAGGCUAUGCAGAACCUCCAGGGCCACUAUGAAGACUUUCUGCAGGAUAGCCGUGACUCUGUACUCUUCUCAGUGAGUGAUCGCUUACGCUUGGAAGAGGAGGUGGAGGCGUGUAAAACCCACUUCCAGCAUCUGAUGAAGUCCAUGGAGAAUGAAGAUAAGGAGGAAACUGUGGCCAAAAUGUACAUUUCAGAGCUGAAGAAUAUCAGGCUGCGCCUGGAGGAAUGUGAACAGAGACUGGUCAAACGGAUUCAGUCUGCAGCCAGUUCUAGAACUGACAAAGAUGCUCGACAAGACAGUGCAUUAAGAAUUGCAGAGCAAGAGCAUACCCAGGAAGAUUUGCAACAGCUGAGGUCAGAGUUUGAUGCUGUUUCUAUGAAAUGCAACAACUUUCUCCAUCAGUCCCCUUCUGGUUCAAGUGCCUCAACUCUGCGCUCAGAACUAAAUCUGCUGGUGGAGAAAAUGGACCAUGUUUACAGUCUUUCCACUGUCUACCUGAAUAAGCUAAAAACAGUUGAUGUCAUAGUGCGUAGCAUCCAAGAUGCUGAACUUCUGGUCAAAGGUUAUGAAAUCAAGCUGAGUCAGGAGGAAGCAGUUCCAGCAGAUCUCUCAGCUUUGGAGUCCCAUAGAUCUACACUACGGCACUGGCUUAGUGAUGUGAAGGACAAAAAUUCAGUGUUUUCAGUUCUGGAUGAGGAAAUUGCCAAAGCGAAGGUAGUGGCAGAGCAACUGAGCUGUCUGACCCCAGAGCGGAGCCUGGAUUUGGAGCGGUGUCAGGAGAAAGGCUGUCAGCUGCAGGAGCGUUGGCACCGGGUUGUUGCCCAGCUGGAGACUCGCCAAUCUGAACUAGAAAGUAUCCAGGAAGUUCUGGGAGAUUACCGAGCCUGUCAUGGAAAUCUCAUCAAGUGGAUUGAGGAGACUACUGCCCAGCAGGAAACGAUGAAGCCAGGCCAGGCAGAGGAUAGCAAAGUGCUUUCAGAGCAGCUCAGUCAGCAGACGGAACUGUUUGCAGAAAUUGAGAGAAAUCAGACAAAACUGGACCAGUGUCAAAAGUUUUCCCAGCAAUACUCCACUAUUGUCAAGGACUAUGAAUUACAACUGAUGACAUACAAGGCCUUUGUAGAAUCACAACAAAAAUCCCCUGGCAAGCGUCGUCGCAUGCUUUCCUCAUCUGAUGCCAUCACACAGGAGUUCAUGGACCUAAGGACUCGCUACACAGCACUGGUGACCUUAACAACUCAGCAUGUGAAAUAUAUUAGUGAUGCACUCCGGCGGCUAGAGGAGGAAGAGAAAGUGGUAGAAGAAGAAAAGCAAGAACAUGUGGAGAAGGUUAAAGAACUUCUGGGCUGGGCGUCUGCUGUAGCGAGGAAUACACAGAGCGAAGCUACCUCAUCCCAGCCCAAAGAAUCCACAGAUAUUGAAAAAGCCAUUUUAGAACAGCAGGUUUUGGCAGAGGAGCUGACAGCCAAGAGAGAACAAGUUUCAGAAGCCAUUAAAACAUCACAGAUCUUCUUAGCCAAGCAUGGUCAUAAGCUCUCAGGAAAAGAGAAGGCACAGAUAACUGAGCAGCUAGAUGCCCUGAAUAAGACUUACCAUGACCUUUGUGAUGGCUCAGCAAACCAGAUUCAGCAACUUCAGAGCCAGUUGGCCCAGCAGACAGAGCAAAAGGGUUACAGAGCAGUUGCUGGGGUGAUUGACCUAGGCACAGUGGAGAUAUUUCCCAUCUUCAAGGCCAUGCAAAAGGGCCUCAUUGAUCAAGACACAGGCCUUGUGCUCCUGGAAUCCCAGGUUGUUAUGUCUGGCCUCAUUGCCCCAGAGACCAGUGAAAAGCUCUCUCUGGAGGAAGGGCUAGCCAGAAACCUCAUUAAUCCUCAGUUGUACCAACAUCUCUGGGAGCUUGAAGAUGCCCUAUCCUUAAUAAGCAGGCGCCAAGACCCUUUUUCUGUGGUGGAAGCAGUUGAAAAGAAAAUAAUCACUGAAGAAAUUGGACUGAAAAUUUUAGAAGCGCACCUGGCAACUGGAAGAUCUAGUCUCCUUUAUAAUGAGAAAUAUAUUAGCCUUGGAGAGGCUUUUCAGCAAGGCCUCAUUUCUGCCUGGCUUCAUGCAGUAUUAGAGUCUCACCUGAGAUCAUCUAAGAAUUUGAUAGACCCGAACACAGCUGAGAAAAUUGGUUUGCUGGAUCUGAUGCAGAGAUGUAUUGUUCACCAGGAAUCAGGGUUGAAAUUGCUGCCUGUCAAACAAUUGGCAGGGGGAAUGGUUAGCUUGAAGUCAGGCCAGAAGGUUAGCAUUUUCCGUGCAGUUCAGGAAGGACUAAUAGAUAGACAGGUCACUGUCCGGCUGCUAGAAGCUCAACUUUUUGCUGGUGGCAUAGUAGACCCAAGAACAGGACACAGACUUACAGUGGAAGAAGCCAUAAGGCAUAAUUUGAUUGACCAAGAUAUGGCUUGUGCUAUUCUCAUAAGGCAGCUCCAAACAGGAGGCAUUAUAGACACUGUCACUGGACACAGACUGACAAUAGAUGAAGCAGUGAGCCAAGAUCUGGUAGCUGCUAAGAUUGCCCUUGUGAUUCUAGAAUCCCUUUGGUCAUUCAUGGGGUUACUAUGGCCUGAAUCUGGAGAGAUCCUUCCAAUAACAGAUGCCUUAGAACAAGGGAUUGUGUCUACUGAACUUGCUCAGAAAAUUCUCAUUGGCCGACAACAUAUUAAGGGUCUAUUUCUGCCAACAACCACAGAGAUUUGGUCCUGGGAAGAAGCAACAGAAAAUGGUAUCUUGGACAAAGACCUUGCCAAUAAAUUAAAAUCAAUUUGCAUACCUGAUGUGAUGCCCCACAUGCAGUUAGCAGACUCUUCAGAACAAAGCAAAUUGAGCAUUUAUCAUAGCAUGGCAGAACUACAGUGCAGCAAGGUUCAAACUCAGGGAAUAGCAAGUCAUAGUGAGAAGCUGUUGUUUCAACUGAUGACACAUAGCUAUAUUAAUGUGCAGAAUGGACAGAGACUUCUCCUGCUAGAUAAUGAGCUAAUAGAAACCCUGACAUGUGGUGAUAAUCAAGCAAGUCCUCCAGAAGGGUUUGGCCUUAAACAUCAAGAACUAGAAACUCCUAAGGAAUUACAAGAGCCAGUGGAUGUAAAAAUCACAGAUACGUUCUAUGAUGGGCUAACAGAGAGACCAUAUGAGCUCCAACUUUGUUCUCAAAACAUAGAAUAUCCUGAUCAGGCAAACUGCACUGAAGCCAAAAGCAAAAAAGCCAUUAUUAAAGUAGAAGUCCCCUCCAAAGAGAACCUCAGAAAGGACUUAGAGGAAAAAUUGCAAAAUCCAAAUGUUGAUACUUUGAAGGUCAUAAAUAAAGUCAAAUCAGAGUUAAAAAGACAAUUAUUAAAAACCAAAAAGGAAGAUCAAACAACAGUGUCUACCAGAGAAGAUGGUAACAGAAAAAUUGUCCUUACAGUAUCUCCUGAGAAAGCUAAUGAGACCGUGGUGGUAGACAAAGAUCCUUCUGUUGAAACACCACGGGAAGAAUGGCAGGCUCUCAAAAAGAUUUCCUAUUUGGGUCAGAAAGAAGAAGCAAAUAUGUCUGAGACUAAGUAUAUUCCAUGUGAAAUUGGAAAACCUCUAAUAAAUUAUCAAAGUAAAACAUCACAACUUCAGGUAGAGAACAUUCUAAAUUUAGAAUUAGAACCAAAGUGUGAAAAGGAUACAGAUACUCAUUCUCAGGACAAAAAGAAAGCCUCAGAUAAGACAUUUUCAGGUAUGGAUGACCAUAAGCAAAGUCAAGAAGGACAUAACAUUGCAGGUGAUAGUACAUCAAUACUAAGAAAGAGGGACAAGGAAGAUGAUGAUAGUGAAACUUUCCUGUCAUGUAGUCAUCCUUCAGUAUUGCUUGAAGAUGCUACCUUAAAUUUGUUAUCUUCACAGUUGCUAGAUGGUGGCAUCUUUCAUGAACAAACAGGUCAAAAGUUCCUUCUAAAUGAAGCUAUAGCCCAAGGCAUUGUACCCAGUCAUACUGCUGUGAAACUUAUGGCAAAGCUAAACAUGUUUCGGGGCUUCUUUGAUCCUCAGACCUGUGAGUUUUUAACAACUGAAGAAGUCAUUGAGGAAGGGCUUAUGGAUGCAAACUUGUUACAUAAUGUCCUCAUGGCAGACAAAACUAUAAGUGGUGUCUUAGACCCACGUACUCACACACUGUGCUCUGUGAAAGAAGCAGUUGAAGUUGGACUUCUUGACACACACACAGCCGCCAGGAUUUUAAAAGGGCAAGUGAUGACUGGUGGGAUUGUAGACCUGAAACGAGGCAAAAAGGUUUCAGUAACUUUGGCCUCAAAUCUUGGUUUGGUGGACAGUGCUGACCAGACAGAGCUUUUAAAUCUGGAAAAAGCUUCCAAAGGCAGAGAGACUAAAAAAACAGUUAGGGAGGGAUUAAUUGAUUUACAAAUGGAAACAACUGGAAUUGUGGACCCUAAUAACAAAAUCCCUCUAACAGUUGUGCAGUCCAUUGACAGAGGACUUCUGGAGAGAGAAGAAGCCAUUCAGUUGUUGACUAAGCAAAUAGUAGAUGGAGGUAUCAUUCACCAUAUGUCUGGAAUGAGACUUUCUGUCGAUAAUGCUUUUAAACAUGGCAUCAUUGAUGAAGAUUUAGCCAAGAAACUCAGAAAAGUUGAAGAUUUAAACCUCCAUCAGUUUUUCCAUCCUGAAACAAAAAGAACUAUUUCCCUUGUUGAAGCCAUAAAAUUAAAUCUUGUCACCCCAGAAUUGAAAAGAGAAGUCCAAGAAAUUCAGGCCUUGACUGGAAGCUUUGUAGAUCUCAUUUCUGGUCAGAGACUGACCUUGGCAGAAGUUAAAAAAGAAGGACUACUACUUAAUAAAGCAUCAUUGUCUUCAGGAAUGGUGCAUGGGAUUGUAGAUCCUGAGAAUUACAGAAUUGUACCCUAUUCAGAAUUACUAAAGAAAUGUAAGAUUGAUAUUGAAUCUGGCCAGAGAUACCUAGAAGUGAUUCCCUUCUCAGACAUUAAAGAUGGAGUGAGUGACAAAGCACUUACUUUGACUCAGGCGAUUCAGCUUGGAAAAAUAGACUUUUCAUCUACACUGAAGAUCUUGGAGGCUCAGGCAAAUUCUGGCGGAAUCAUAGAUACUACCACUGGAGAAAAAAUGACAUUGGCAUCAGCUUUGGAGCAGAACUUGGUAGAUGAAAACAUGGUCAGAAUUAUUGCAUCUCAUCAGAUGCUAAAUGGGGGGAUUGUUGACAUAUUUAGUGAUCAGAGAGUGACUUUAGAGGAAGCUAUUGAGAAGCAGUUUAUCAGCCCUGAACUGGCAACUAUGAUCCAAAUAGACAUUUUAGAGUCCAGUGAGCAUGGAGUUGAGAUUGAAAAACAAGAUGAAGUUAAAGUAUGUGAAUUAAAGAAGGAAUGUCUAAGAAAGGAAGUGUUAACUGAUUGCAACCAGACUGGUAAAAUGAGUUGUAGAGAAGAUGAGAGAGAGAAAUCAUUUCAAACUGACAAUCUGUCUCCAAAAGAAAAGGUUAGAGCACAAAUUAGCAAUGAGGAGCAGGCCAAAAUGAGCAGGGAAAUCUCAUUAAGGGAACUGGAAUUCAAGGAUGAAGACAAAAGGAGAAUUUCUAUAGAUGCUAAAGAACUGGUCAGUAGUACAGUUCCUAGUGGCCUUAAAGGUAAAUCAUUGAGCCGUAUUGCAUUGACACACCCACAAUCAGAUGUUCAUGAAUUUAAACUUAAAGAGUGGGCUAGAAAUAACAUGGAAAAAGACAGAAACAAAGAGCAGGAAAAAACUGUGACACAAACAGAAACUUCUUAUCAUAUGAAACAAGCUGCUUUAGGUCUAGAUUCUAAAGAAAUAAGAGAAAACCAAGGAGAAAUUAUUUCUGAAUUACAAGAAUUAAGUUGUGAAACUCCAGACAAACAGCUAAUUGGGAAGAUAGUACAAACACCAAUUACAACGAGGUCAAGAAGUAAAAGAAAGAUGAGAGGAGUGAUAACAGAAGAAAGCAAAUUAGCCGUUCUUUCAAAAGAAGAGUUGGAUCAGGAUAGUGUGAUUAGAGAUGACCAUGACACCAUUAUAAAGAGUCCACCUAUGGAAAUAAUUGUAAGUGGAAAAGGGAAAGAAGUUGAUAGAGAGCUAGAAUUUUCUAUUACUUGUGAAGCCAAAGACUCUUCUUCCCAAAUGGUACCUAAAGAAAUUUCUAUAACAAAUCAAGGUGCUUUAGCAUUCAACUCUAAUCAGGUCUGUGAAGGAGAAAUAAAAGAUUUAAGCUUCUUCCUUACUUCGAAACGAGAAAAAAAAAAAUUUCCUGCAAUUACUGGUGGGGCUGUUGAACCUCAGCAGUUGCACUACAAGAAGACAGCUGGAAAAGUCCAACAUGCAGAUACAUCCAGUAUUUCCAAAAAAGAAAAGUCUUUCCAAGGAACUACCGGACAGGAGACCAACUAUUAUCAAGAUUCCUGUGUUACUUUUAAGACUAAACAAGCCAAAGAUAUGAUUUUUUCUUCUAAUGAACAUAAGGAAAAGUCACUUCAAAUACCUGUUGAUUCAACAAGAGCUUUCAAAUUACAGGAGGAAAUUAAAAUUUCUAGAGUAGACCCGAAAGAAAAUAAUUAUCCAGUAUCCUCAGACAGAAAGGACCUUCAUCAUCAGGACAGGAAAAAUGAUCAAGAACUUAGUGACAUUCUCAAAUCUAAAAUAGUAACAACUCAGGAAGUAACUAGAAAGAAAUUUCUAGAAACUGCAAACCCUAUAAAAACAGGUACAGAAGCAGGGUCCUUUGAAGGCAUAGUGACUCAGGAAGACAACAGAGUUUUAGCAUCUUUUCAUCCAGAGAAACUAUUCAAAGAGAGUUUAGAGCACCAGGAUGCCACCAUUAGUCCCACUACUCCAGGAAUUAGGGAAGAAAAGACAGUGCUCAUAACAUCAUUCCCUGCAAUGAAGAUUAAUGAGAAGAUAUCACAGGAAAAACUUGGAGAAAGCCCUCAUAAUAAGCAGCCUUCCUUUGUGACUGCAUCCAGGGAAAAGGGAGAUGAAAGUACAGAUCCAGAGCCCUUCAGAGCAACUAAAAAUUUAUUUAACCGACAGCUCUGUCUAGAGCACGAUGAGAAGCUGGUCUCUUAUCUGUCUCUAUUACGAGACAUUGAAAUGAGAACCAAACAGAUUCAACCACAAGAGCUAAACCUAACAGAGUUACAGGAUCUUCUGUGCCAGAGUAAGAUAUUAGACAAAGAGCUAAAUGACUUGUCCACCUCGGUGAGCCAGGAAUUGGAGUGUGUAAAUCAGAUUAUCCUCAGCCAGCCUCAGGAAGUCCCUGUUCAGUUGCUGAAGGCUCUAGAGAAAGAUGCCAAGAAUCUUCAAAAGUCCCUCAGCUCAGUGAGUAGCUCCUGGAGUUCUAGACUGCGUCAUCUCCAGAAUGCUAUGGAUAUAAAAAAGACUGACGUAUUAAAUCAGCACAAACAGCUAGAAGGCAAGCUCCAAGAUCUGAAAAUGUGGGUUGGCAAUACUCACCUUAUUCUGAAUAGCAAGGAAGAUAACAGUGAAACAGGUGCUGAUAGCCUGAGUCAUUAUCUCCAGCAGAGUGAGGAUUUGAAACAGCCCAUAGCUGAAAGGAGGUCUCAGCUGGAUGCUCUUGCUUUUGAUACUCAGUUCUUUAUCUCUGAGCACACCCAGGACUUGUCCCCUCAACAGAGCCGGCAUCUGCUCAGGCUUCUGAAUGAGGUGCAGAGGACCUUUCAAGAUCUCAUGGAACAGAUUGCAUUGCAGAUGGAUGCCUUACAGGGUCGUCUUCAGCAGCUGGAGCAGGCAGCCCAGGUCAAGACCCUGCAGAAACAACAAGAUAUCUGCCACCAGAAGCUGGAGGAUCUUUGCAGCUGGGUAGGACAAGCAGAAAGAGCAUUGGUGAGCCACCAAGAUAGAGCUAAUAAGCAGGGUCUCUCUGCUUUGCAGAAGAACCAAAGCGACUUAAAGGUCAGUGAUUUACAGGAUGACAUUCAGAGCCAUGCCACCUCGUUUGCCAGUGUUGUAAAAGAGAUUGAAGGGUUCUUAGAAGAGAACCAGACCAAACUGAGCCCCCAUGAGUUGACAGCUCUACGGGAAAAACUUCAUCAGGCUAAAGAGCAAUAUAAGGCUCUCCAGGAACAGGCCCGGGCCACCCAGAAGGAACUGGAGGAAGUAGUGACCUCAGCCUUGCAGCAGGAGACUGAAAAGAGUAAAGCAGCAAAGGAACUGGCAGAGAACAGGAGUAAGAUUGAUGCUCUCUUGGAUUGGGUAGCUUCAGUGGAGUCUUCUGGUGGACAGAUGGAGCCAUUGUCAGGAGCUAGCUCACAGAAAGACACUUUGGAUGUGACUGAUGGUCAUAAGGGGGUGGACCAAGCCCCAGAAGAAUUGGACAAGCAGUGUGAGAAGAUGAAGGCCCGUCAUCAAGAAUUGCUGUCUCAGCAGCAAAAUUUCAUUCUGGCCACCCAAUCAGCUCAGGCCUUCCUGGACCAGCAUGGUCACAAUCUCACACCUGAGGAACGACAGGUGCUGCAAGAGAAGCUGGGGAACCUAAAGGAACAAUAUGCAUCAUCCCUGACCCAGUCAGAGGUAGAGCUGAAGCAGGUACAGACUCUACGGGAUGAGCUGCAGAAGUUUCUGCAGGAUCAUAAAGAGUUUGAGACUUGGCUGGAGCGGUCUGAGAAAGAGCUGGAGAACAUGCACAGAGGAAGCAGCAGCCCUGAAGCCCUUCCCUCCCUGCUAAAGCGGCAGGGGAGCUUCUCAGAAGAUGUGAUUUCCCACAAAGGAGACUUGAGGUUUGUGACUAUCUCGGGACAGAAAGCUUUGGACUCAGUAAACAGCUUUGAAGAAGGCAGACAAUCGUCAGUAACUGGAACCUUAGUGAAAGAAAAACUGAAGGAUGCAACAGAAAGAUACACUGCACUCCAUUCAAAGUGUACACAAUUGGGCUCUCACCUGAACAUAUUGCUAGGCCAGUACCAACAGUUCCAGAGCAGUGCUGAUAGCCUGCAGGCCUGGAUGCAGGCGUGUGAGGCCAAUGUAAAGAAGCUCCUCUCAGACACUGUUUCCUCUGAUCCAGUGGUCCUGCAACAGCAACUUGCAACAACAAAGCAGUUGCAGGAAGAAUUGGCUGAGCACCAAGUACCUGUAGAGAAGCUUCAAAAAGUAGCUUGUGACCUCAUAGAAAUUGAAGGGGAGCCUGCCCCAGACCGCAAGCAUGUUCAAGAAACAGCAGACUCCAUACUCAGCCAUUUUCAGAGCCUCUCCAGUAGCCUGGCAGAGCGCUCUGCUGUGCUGCAGAAAGCAAUCGCUCAAUCUCAGAGUGUCCAGGAAAGCCUGGAGAGCUUAUUACAGUCCAUCGGGGAAGUUGAGAAAAACCUGCAAGAUCAGCAAGUGGCAUCACUGUCAUCAGGAGUCAUCCAAGAAGCCUUGGCCACCAACAUGAAAUUGAAGCAGGACAUUGCUCGACAAAAAAGCAGCUUGGAAGCCACAAGAGAGAUGGUGACCCGGUUCAUGGAGACCGCAGAUAGCUCCACAGCAGCAGUGCUACAGGGCAAACUGGCAGAGGUGAAUCAACGCUUUGAGCAGCUCUGUCUACAGCAGCAAGAAAAGGAGAGCUCCCUGAAGAAACUUCUGCCCCAGGCAGAGAUGUUUGAACACCUCUCUGAUAAGCUGCAGCAGUUUGUGGAAAACAAAAGUCGGAUGCUAGCUUCUGGAAACCAGCCAGAUCAAGAUAUUGCCCAUUUCUUCCAACAGACCCAGGAGCUCAAUUUGGAAAUGGAAGAUCAAAAGGAGAACCUUGAUACUCUUGAGCACCUGGUCACUGAACUGAGCUCCUGUGGCUUUGCACUGGACCUGUCCCAGCACCAGGACUGGGUCCAGAACCUCAGAAAGGAAUUCACAGAUCUACAGAAGACAGUUAAAGAAAGAGAGAAAGAUGCAUCAUUUUGCCAGGAGCAAUUGGAUGAAUUCCGGAAGCUGGUUAGGACCUUCCAAAAAUGGCUGAAGGAAACUGAAGGGAACAUUCCUCACACAGAGGCUUUCAUGAACACAAAAGAGUUAGAAAAACAGAUUGAACAGCUGAAGGGUCUUCUAGAUGACUGGACAAGUAAGGGAACUUUUGUGGAAGAAAUCAAUUGCAAAGGCACUUCUUUGGAAAAUCUUAUCAUGGACAUCACAGCACCUGACUCCCAAGCCAAGCCAGGUUCCAUACUGCCCUCUGUAGGAAGCUCUGUAGGCAGUGUAAACGGAUACCACACCUGCAAAGAUCUGACGGAGAUCCAGUGUGACAUGUCAGAUGUAAACCUGAAAUAUGAGAAACUAGGGGGAGUACUCUGGGAACGCCAGGAGAGCCUUCAGGCUAUCCUCAGCAGAACACAGGAAGUUCAGAAGGAGGCAAAUUCUGUGCUGCAGUGGCUGGAAUCAAAAGAGGAAGUACUGAAAGCCAUGGAUACCACUUCAUCUCCAACCAAGACAGAAACAGUGAAAGCCCAAGCUGAGUCUAACAAGGCAUUCCUAGCUGAAUUGGAGCAGAAUUCUCCAAAAAUACAAAAAGUAAAGGAAGCCCUGGCUGGAUUACUGAGGACAUACCCCGAUUCACAAGAAGCAGAAAACUGGCAGAAAAUGCAAGAUGAACUCAAUUCCCGAUGGGAAAAGGCCACCGAGGUGACUAUGGCCCGGCAAAAGCAACUAGAGGAAUCCGCAAGUCAUCUGGCCUCUUUCCAGGCUGCAGAAUCUCAGCUCCGGCCCUGGCUGAUGGAGAAGGAGCUGAUGAUGGGAGUGCUGGGGCCUCUAUCUAUUGAUCCCAACAUGCUGAAUGCACAAAAACAGCAGGUCCAGUUUAUGCUAAAGGAGUUUGAAGCACGCAGGCAGCAGCAUGAGCAGCUGAAUGAGGCAGCUCAGGGCAUCCUGACAAGCCCGGGAGAUGGCUCUCCGUCCACCAGCCAAGUGCAGGAAGAACUCCAGAGCAUCAAUCAGAAGUGGGUUGAACUGACUGAUAAACUCAACUCCCGUUCCAAUCAAAUUGACCAAGCCAUUGUCAAAAGCACCCAGUACCAAGGAUUGCUUCAGGACUUAUCAGAGAAAGUGAAAGCAGUUGGCCAGCGACUGAGUAGCCAAUCAGCCAUCAGUACCCAACCUGAGGCUGUGAAGCAGCAGUUGGAGGAGACUAGUGAGAUUCGUUCUGAUGUGGAACAAUUAGACCAUGAGAUAAAGGAGGCACAGACACUCUGUGAUGAACUCUCAGUGCUCAUUGGUGAACAGUACCUCAAGGAUGAAUUAAAGAAACGUUUGGAGACAGUGGCCCUGCCUCUCCAAGGUUUAGAAGAUCUAGCAGCUGAUCGCAUGAACAGACUCCAAGCAGCACUUGCCAGCACCCAGCAGUUCCAGCAAAUGUUUGAUGAGCUGAGAACUUGGUUGGAUGACAAACAGAACCAGCAAGCAAAAAACUGCCCAAUUUCUGCAAAAUUAGAGCGAUUACAGUCUCAGCUACAAGAGAAUGAAGAGUUUCAGAAGAGUCUUAACCAACACAGUGGUUCCUAUGAGGUGAUUGUAGCUGAAGGAGAAUCCCUGCUUCUUUCUGUACCUCCUGGAGAAGAGAAAAAGACUUUGCAAAACCAGUUGGUUGAGCUCAAAAGUCACUGGGAAGAGCUGAGUAAAAAAACUGCAGACAGACAAUCCAGGCUCAAGGAUUGCUUGCAGAAAGCUCAAAAGUACCAAUGGCAUGUGGAAGACCUUGUGCCAUGGAUUGAGGAUUGUAAAGCCAAGAUGUCUGACUUGCGGGUCACUCUGGAUCCAGUACAUCUAGAGUCCAGUCUUCUGAGAUCAAAGGCGAUGCUGAGUGAGGUGGAAAAACGCCGUUCCCUGCUAGAAAUACUGAACAGUGCUGCUGACAUUCUGAUUAAUUCUUCAGAAACAGAUGAGGAUGAUAUCCGGGAUGAGAAGGCUGGCAUCAACCAGAACAUAGAUUCCAUUACCGAAGAGCUACAAGCCAAAACUGGGUCACUUGAAGAAAUGACUCAGAGGCUCAAAGAGUUUCAGGAAAGUUUUAAAAAUAUUGAAAAGAAGGUUGAAGGAGCCAAACACCAGCUUGAGAUCUUUGAUGCUUUAGGGUCUCAAGCCUGUAGCAACAAAAACCUAGAGAAGCUAAGAGCUCAACAGGAAGUGUUGCAGACCUUGGAACCUCAGGUGGACUAUCUGAGGAACUUCACCCAGGGCCUGGUAGAAGAUGCCCCAGAUGGAUCUGAUGCUUCCCAACUUUUACAUCAAGCUGAGGUCACCCAGCAAGAGUUCCUAGAAGUAAAGCAAAGAGUGAACAGUGGUUGUAUGACAAUGGAAAAUAAGCUGGAAGGGAUUGGCCAGUUUCACUGCCGAGUUCGAGAGAUGUUUUCUCAGUUGGCAGACCUGGACGAUGAACUCGAUGGCAUGGGUGCUAUUGGCAGAGACUCUGAUAGCCUCCAAUCCCAAAUCGAGGAUGUACGGCAGUUCCUUAACAAAAUCCAAGCCCUCAAGCUAGACAUAGAGGCCUCAGAAGCAGAGUGCCGGCAAAUGCUGGAGGAAGAGGGCACUCUGGAUUUGUUAGGUCUGAAGAGAGAGCUAGAAGCGCUGAACAAACAGUGUGGCAAACUGACAGAGAGGAGUAAAGCCCGCCAGGAACAGCUCGAGCUGACAUUGGGCCGUGUAGAGGAUUUCUACAGAAAACUGAAAGAACUCACUGACAUGACCACAGCAGCAGAAGAGGGAGAGGCCCUUCAGUGGGUAGUGGGCUCAGAAGUGGAUGCCAUCAACCAACAGUUAGCAGAUUUUAAAAUGUUUCAGAAAGAGCAGGUGGAUCCUCUUCAGAUGAAAUUACAGCAGGUGAAUGGACUUGGCCAGGGAUUGAUUCAGAGUGCCGGAAAGAACUGUGAUGUGCAGGGUUUGGAACAUGACAUGGAAGAGAUCAAUGCUCGAUGGAACACACUGAAUAAAAAGGUUGCACAAAGAAUUGCACAACUGCAGGAGGCUUUAUUGCAUUGUGGGAAGUUUCAAGAUGCCUUGGAGCCGUUGCUCAGCUGGCUGGCAGACACUGAGGAGCUCAUAGCCAAUCAGAAACCUCCAUCUGCUGAAUAUAAAGUGGUUAAAGCACAGAUCCAAGAACAGAAGUUGCUCCAGCGGCUCCUAGAUGAUAGAAGGGCCACAGUAGACAUGCUUCAAGCAGAAGGAGGCAGAAUAGCCCAGUCAGCUGAGCUGGCUGAUAGAGAGAAAAUCACUGGUCAGUUGGAGAGUCUCGAAAGCCGAUGGACUGGACUACUGAACAAAGCAGCAGCCAGGCAAAAACAGCUGGAAGAUAUCCUGGUUCUGGCCAAACAAUUCCAUGAGACAGCUGAGCCUAUUUCUGACUUCUUAUCCGUCACAGAGAAAAAGCUUGCUAACUCAGAGCCUGUUGGCACUCAGACUGCCAAAAUACAACAACAGAUCAUUCGGCACAAGGCUCUGGAGGAAGAAAUAGAAAGCCAUGCAACAGAUGUGCACCAGGCAGUCAAAAUUGGGCAGUCCCUCUCUUCUCUGACGUGUUCUGCAGAGCAGGGUGUGAUGUCAGAAAAGUUAGACUCAUUACAGGCACGAUAUAGUGACAUUCAAGACCGGUGCUGUCGGAAAGCAGCCCUGCUUGAACAAGCACUGUCUAAUGCUAGACUUUUCGGGGAGGAUGAGGUGGAGGUGCUCAACUGGCUGGCUGAGGUUGAGGACAAGCUCAGUUCAGUGUUCGUAAAGGAUUACAGACAGGAUGUCCUGCAGAAACAGCAUGCUGAUCAUCUGGCUUUAAACGAAGAGAUUAUUAAUAGAAAGAAGAAUGUAGAUCAAGCUAUUAAAAAUGGCCAGGCUCUUCUAAAACAAACCACAGGUGAAGAGGUAUUGCUUAUCCAGGAGAAACUGGAUGGAAUAAAAACUCGCUAUGCAGACAUCACAGUAACUAGCUCCAAGGCUCUCAGAACUUUAGAACAAGCUCGGCAGCUAGCCACUAAGUUCCAGUCUACUUAUGAGGAACUAACCACAUGGCUAAAGGAAGUGGAAGAGGACCUGGCAUCCAGUGGAGGACAGUCUCCCACAGGGGAGCAGAUACCCCAGUUUCAACAAAGACAGAAAGAAUUAAAGAAGGAGGUCAUGGAGCACAGGCUGGUGUUAGACACAGUGAAUGAAGUAAGCCGAGCCCUCUUAGAGCUGGUGCCCUGGAGAGCCAGAGAAGGGCUGGAUAAACUCGUGUCUGAUGCUAAUGAACAGUACAAGCUGGUCAGUGACACUAUUGGUCAAAGAGUGGAUGAAAUUGAUGCUGCUAUUCAGCGAUCACAACAGUAUGAACAAGCUGCUGAUGCAGAACUAGCAUGGGUUGCUGAAACAAAGCGGAAACUGAUGGCCCUGGGUCCAAUUCGCCUAGAACAGGACCAAACAACAGCUCAGCUACAAGUACAGAAGGCUUUCUCUAUUGACAUCAUUCGACACAAAGAUUCAAUGGAUGAACUCUUCAGUCAUUGUGGUGAAAUCUUUGGCACAUGUGGAGAAGAACAGAAAGCUGUACUGCAGGAAAAGACUGACUCUCUAAUUCAACAAUAUGAAGCCAUUAGCCUACUCAAUUCAGAGCGCUAUGCCCGCCUAGAGCGGGCGCAGGUCUUGGUGAACCAGUUUUGGGAAACUUAUGAGGAGCUCAGCCCCUGGAUUGAGGAGACUCAGGCACUAAUAACACAGCUUCCUCCUCCGGCUAUUGAUCACGAGCAGCUCAGGCAGCAGCAAGAGGAAAUGAGGCAACUAAGAGAAUCUAUUGCUGAACACAAGCCUCAUAUUGAUAAGCUGCUAAAGAUCGGCCCACAGCUAAAAGAGUUAAAUCCAGAAGAGGGAGAAAUGGUGGAAGAAAAAUAUCAGAAAGCUGAAAAUAUAUAUGCCCAUAUAAAAGAGGAGGUACGCCAGCGGGCACUGGCUCUGGACGAAGCUGUUUCCCAGUCAGCUCAGUUCCAUGAUAAAAUUGAGCCCAUGCUGGAGACCCUGGAGAACCUUUCCUCUCGCCUACGAAUGCCACCACUAAUUCCUGCUGAAGUAGACAAAAUCAGAGAGUGCAUCAGCGACAAUAAGAGUGCCACUGUGGAGCUAGAAAAACUGCAGCCUUCCUUUGAGGCCCUGAAGCGCCGUGGAGAAGAGCUCAUUGGGCGGUCUCAGGGAGCUGACAAGGAUCUGGCAGCAAAAGAAAUACAAGACAAAUUAGAUCAAAUGGUAUUCUUCUGGGAAGACAUCAAAGCUCGGGCUGAAGAGCGAGAAAUUAAGUUCCUUGAUGUUCUUGAACUGGCAGAGAAGUUCUGGUAUGACAUGGCAGCCCUCCUGACCACCAUCAAAGACACCCAGGACAUUGUCCAUGACUUGGAAAGUCCAGGCAUUGACCCUUCCAUCAUCAAACAACAGGUUGAAGCUGCUGAGACUAUUAAGGAAGAGACAGAUGGUCUGCAUGAGGAAUUGGAAUUUAUUCGAAUCCUUGGAGCAGAUUUGAUUUUUGCCUGUGGAGAAACUGAAAAGCCCGAAGUGAAGAAGAGCAUUGACGAGAUGAACAAUUCCUGGGAGAACUUAAACAAAACAUGGAAAGAGAGGCUAGAAAAGCUUGAGGAUGCCAUGCAAUCUGCUGUGCAGUAUCAGGACACUCUUCAGGCUAUGUUUGACUGGCUAGAUAAUACUGUGAUUAAACUCUGUACCAUGCCCCCUGUCGGCACUGACCUCAACACUGUUAAAGACCAGUUAAAUGAAAUGAAGGAGUUCAAAGUGGAAGUUUACCAGCAGCAAAUUGAGAUGGAAAAGCUCAAUCACCAGGGUGAGCUGAUGCUGAAGAAAGCUACUGAUGAAACAGACAGAGACAUCAUACAAGAACCACUGACAGAACUCAAACACCUCUGGGAGAACCUGGGUGAGAAAAUUGCCUACAGACAGCAUAAGCUAGAAGGUGCUCUCUUGGCCCUUGGCCAGUUCCAGCAUGCCCUAGAGGAGCUAAUGAGUUGGCUGACUCACACUGAAGAGUUGUUAGAUGCUCAGAGGCCAAUAAGCGGAGACCCAAAAGUCAUUGAAGUUGAGCUCGCAAAGCACCAUGUUCUAAAAAAUGAUGUUUUGGCCCAUCAAGCCACAGUGGAAACAGUCAACAAAGCUGGCAAUGAACUCCUUGAAUCUAGUGCUGGAGAUGAUGCCAGCAGCUUAAGGAGCCGUUUGGAAACUAUGAAUCAGUGCUGGGAGUCAGUGCUAAAAAAAACAGAAGAGAGAGAGCAGCAGCUUCAGUCAACACUGCAGCAGGCUCAAGGUUUCCACAGUGAAAUUGAAGAUUUCCUCUUGGAACUUACUAGAAUGGAAACCCAACUCUCUGCAUCUAAACCCACAGGAGGACUUCCUGAAACUGCUAGGGAACAGCUUGAUACACAUAUGGAACUCUAUUCCCAGCUCAAAGCCAAGGAAGAGACUUAUAAUCAACUACUGGACAAGGGCAGGCUUAUGCUUCUAAGCCGUGAUGAUUCUGGGUCUGGCUCAAAGACAGAGCAGAGUGUAGCACUCUUGGAACAGAAGUGGCAUGUGGUUAGCAGCAAGAUGGAAGAAAGAAAGUCAAAGCUAGAAGAGGCCCUCAACCUGGCAACAGAAUUCCAGAAUUCCCUACAAGAAUUUAUCAACUGGCUCACCCUCGCAGAGCAGAGUUUAAACAUUGCUUCACCUCCCAGCCUGAUUCUGAACACCGUUCUUUCCCAGAUAGAGGAUCACAAGGUUUUUGCUAAUGAAGUAAAUGAUCAUCGAGACCAGAUCAUUGAAUUGGAUCAAACUGGAAAUCAGUUAAAGUUCCUUAGUCAAAAACAGGAUGUUGUUUUGAUCAAGAAUUUGCUAGUUAGUGUUCAGUCCCGAUGGGAGAAGGUUGUCCAGCGAUCUAUUGAAAGAGGGCGAUCGCUGGAUGAUGCCAGGAAGCGGGCAAAACAAUUCCAUGAAGCUUGGAAAAAACUCAUUGACUGGCUAGAAGAUGCAGAGAGUCACUUGGAUUCAGAAUUGGAGAUAUCCAAUGACCCAGACAAAAUUAAGCUCCAGCUCUCUAAGCAUAAGGAGUUUCAGAAAACUCUUGGUGGCAAACAGCCAGUGUAUGAUACCACAAUUAGAACUGGCAGGGCACUGAAAGAAAAGACAUUGCUUCCUGAUGAUACUCAGAAACUUGACAAUUUAUUGGGAGAAGUCAGAGACAAAUGGGAUACCGUUUGUGGCAAGUCUGUGGAGAGGCAGCACAAGUUGGAGGAGGCCCUGCUGUUUUCAGGCCAGUUCAUGGAUGCUUUGCAGGCUUUGGUCGACUGGUUGUAUAAGGUGGAGCCACAGCUGGCUGAGGACCAGCCAGUGCAUGGGGACCUCGACCUGGUCAUGAACCUCAUGGAUGCCCAUAAGGUUUUUCAGAAGGAGCUGGGGAAGCGAACAGGAACUGUUCAGGUGCUGAAGCGAUCAGGCCGAGAGCUAAUAGAGAAUAGUCGUGAUGACACUACUUGGGUGAAAGGGCAGCUGCAAGAACUGAGCACUCGCUGGGACACUGUGUGCAAGCUCUCUGUCUCCAAACAAAGCCGACUUGAGCAAGCCUUGAAACAGGCAGAAGAAUUUCGAGAUACAGUCCACAUGCUGUUGGAGUGGCUUUCUGAAGCAGAGCAAACACUUCGCUUUCGGGGAGCCCUUCCUGAUGACACAGAUGCCCUGCAGUCUCUCAUUGACACGCAUAAGGAAUUCAUGAAGAAAGUAGAAGAAAAGCGAGUGGAUGUUAAUGCGGCGGUUGCGAUGGGAGAAGUCAUCUUGGCUGUCUGCCACCCUGAUUGCAUCACCACCAUCAAACACUGGAUCACCAUCAUCCGAGCUCGUUUUGAGGAGGUACUGACAUGGGCUAAGCAACACCAGCAGCGUCUUGAAACAGCCCUGUCAGAAUUAGUAGCAAAUGCUGAGCUCUUGGAAGAACUUUUGGCAUGGAUCCAGUGGGCUGAGACUACUCUCAUUCAGCGGGAUCAGGAGCCCAUCCCUCAGAACAUUGACCGAGUUAAAGCCCUUAUUGCUGAGCAUCAGGCAUUUAUGGAAGAGAUGACUCGCAAACAGCCAGAUGUGGACCGAGUCACCAAGACAUACAAAAGGAAAAACGUUGAGCCUACCCAUGCCCCUUUCAUCGAGAAGUCCCGCAGUGGUAGCAGGAAGUCCUUGAAUCAGCCCACACCUCCUCCCAUGCCAAUCCUUUCACAAUCUGAAGCAAAAAACCCACGGAUAAACCAGCUCUCUGCUCGCUGGCAGCAGGUGUGGUUAUUAGCACUGGAGCGCCAACGGAAACUGAAUGAUGCCUUGGAUAGACUGGAAGAGUUGAAGGAAUUUGCCAACUUUGAUUUUGAUGUCUGGAGGAAAAAGUACAUGCGUUGGAUGAAUCACAAAAAGUCACGAGUGAUGGACUUCUUCCGGCGAAUUGAUAAGGACCAGGAUGGGAAGAUAACACGUCAAGAGUUUAUUGAUGGCAUUUUAGCAUCCAAGUUCCCAACUACCAAGUUAGAGAUGACUGCUGUUGCUGACAUCUUUGACCGAGACGGGGAUGGCUACAUUGAUUACUAUGAGUUUGUGGCUGCCCUACAUCCCAACAAGGAUGCUUAUCGACCAACAACUGAUGCUGAUAAAAUUGAAGAUGAGGUCACAAGACAAGUGGCUCAGUGCAAAUGUGCAAAAAGAUUCCAGGUGGAGCAAAUUGGAGAGAAUAAAUACCGGUUCUUCCUCGGCAAUCAGUUUGGGGACUCCCAGCAGCUGCGGCUGGUCCGCAUCCUGCGCAGCACAGUGAUGGUCCGAGUCGGUGGAGGAUGGAUGGCCCUGGAUGAAUUUUUAGUAAAAAAUGACCCCUGCCGAGUUCACCAUCCUGGGAAUAAAAUAAACCGCUCUGAUUCCAGCUCUUCGAUUUCCAGUCAGUCUCCCAUAGCACGAGGUAGAACUAACAUCGAGCUCAGAGAGAAGUUCAUCCUGCCGGAGGGGGCAUCCCAAGGGAUGACCCCUUUCCGAUCACGAGGCCGAAGGUCCAAACCGUCUUCCCGGGCAGCUUCCCCUACCCGCUCCAGUUCAAGUGCUAGUCAGAGUAACCACAGCUGUACAUCCAUGCCGUCUUCUCCAGCUACACCAGGCAGUGGUACCAAGACUCCACUUCAGUUCUCUCGCUGUUAUGACAAACCCUGGUUGAUAAACAGUAAAGCUGGCACCCCUGUCAGGGACAGCCAUUAUCCUGACCUCCAGCUGCCCAGCCCCGAGGUUAUCCCAUCGACAGGCAGCAAGUUGAAACGACCAACACCAACCUUCCAUUCCAGUCGAACAUCCCUUGCGGGUGAUACUAGCAAUAGUUCCUCCCCUGCUUCCACAGGUGCCAAAACUAAUCGGGCAGAUCCUAAAAAGUCAGCCAGUCGUCCUGGGAGUCGGGCUGGGAGUCGGGCCGGGAGUCGGGCCAGCAGCCGGCGAGGAAGUGAUGCCUCUGACUUUGACCUGUUAGAAACACAGUCUGCUUGUUCAGACACUUCAGAAAGCAGCACUGCAGGAGGUCAGGGCAAUUCCAGGAGAGGGCUCAACAAGCCUUCCAAAAUCCCAACUAUGUCUAAGAAGACCACCACUGCCUCCCCCAGGACUCCGGGUCCCAAGCGAUAACACUGUACAAGCACCCCCAAGCCUCUAUCCACUCUGACUUCUGCUCCAUACAUUGGGUGUAUAUUUAUUCUGAAUGGGAAAUGUUAUAUUGUUAAAAGUGUAAAAGAACAAUUGUGUUAUGAAGCUGCCUUAUUUUUUUUUCUUUUUGUAAGUUACUAUUUUCAUGUGAAUAUUUAUGUAGAUAAAAUUUGCCUCCUGGUAACCCUGUAAUGGAUGGGGCCCAGAAAUAUUUGAGAAAAACAAGUGAAAAGGUCAAUUGCAAAUGUGUAUUAAAAAAAAAAAAGCCUCUAAAUAGGGAUUCUUCUCGGUGCAGGGUUGUAAACCUGCUUUAUCUUUUAGGAUUAUUCCUAAAUGCAUCUUCUUUAUAAACUUGACUUGCUAUCUCAGCAAGAUAAACUAUAUUAAAAAAAAAAAAAAAAAGACUUUUGCAGUGUUCAAGGAACUCUUUUUUUGUAAAUCACAGACACCUCAAUUAAUGUAAGGACAGAGGGGAGGGCACCCCUAGUUGCUUUUUCCGUUGUUUUUAAUGUUGUGUAACUUUAGCUGACGAGAGGGAAUCUCAUCUAGAUGGCCUUUGCAUAUGACACAGCAGAAGGGGUUCAUUGCAAUACUGUCUUUGAAAAUUGUUUCAGUACUGGGUGUUUAAAGACAAAUAGCUGCUAGAAUUCAGGGGUAAAUGUAACUGUUCAGAAAAUGUCAGAACAUUGGGGUUUUUUUUUUUUAAGAGUCCUGGUUUGUAACUUCUAUCCAUUCUGGCCACCAAUAACUCAUGUUCACCGGGACCCAGGCCCUUGGCACGGGGGCACUCCUUGGUGGUGUUGUGAAUUAUAGACUUUAUCUACAUUUUUUCCUGCUAUUUAUUAAAUGGUCGAUCAACUUCUCAAAAAUUGAGGAAUGAAUUCCACAAGCCUAUUCUAAAAGUGCAGACAUGAGACAAACACUUGCUCAUCUUUUAAAGGAGUUCACCAGCACACUUGUUAACAAGUCCCGUUUGCUUCUGUCUUUUUUUGUGUGUAAUAAAGUCAACUGACCAAGUGACCAUGAAGAGGGGCUGUCUGGGGCUCCUGUUUUUUAGCUACUGUUCCUCUUCAGCUCCGACCAUGUUGCUGUGUGAUUAUCUCAAUUGGUUUUAAUUGAGGCAGAAACUGAAGCUCUACCAAUGAACUGUUUAAAAACAAGACACACUUUUGUAUUAAAAUUGCUUGCAGUAACAAAAA